GUAAAUUCUAUCAUCACAUUAGUGAACCCUAAAUAUAUACAGUAUAAUAAUAGCCAAUAACUUCGUCCUUGCGCGUUACUUUAUAUUGCCGAAAUUUUUCACUUGCUUUUCCGCCAUUAUCAUCCCUGUCAAGUAAUUGUACAUUGAUUUCCAAAGUACAAUUUGUUCAAUCCAACAAAAUUCUUGUUCGGCAAACCCAAUAUGUAUACCGACGAUGAUGAUGAUGCUAGAGGAAGCAAGGGAUCAAGACGAUCCAAGAUUCCGGACAAGAAGCCACACUUCUUCAAAGUCGUUUUCAACCCUGUUAGCCAAGGCCUUAGGAUUCCGACGUCAUUCAUGGAAGACUAUGCAGACGCUUUCAAGAACAACAAAAAGGUGGUUUUGAAAAUCCCGAAUGGAGAAACAUGGCCGAUUGAACUUCGUGAAACCGAAAUCGGAACUUGGUUCAAAAAGGGAUGGAAAGAAUUCGCUUCCUACUACGAAAUUGAACCCCGGCAAUUUUUGGUGUUCCGGUACGAGGGCAAUUACCAGUUUUAUGUCUUAAUCUUCGACUCAAGCGGUUCAGAGAUUGAAUAUCCAGUCGAAAUGGAUAAUACCGAACCUGAGAAAGACCAAACAACCAGUAAGAAUGAAACCAAGAAGCCUUCCCGCCGAUCGGCUGGUAGGAAGAGAAAAACAACAGGGGUGAAGGAAAAAGGAGUUGAAGGAAAGCGGAGAAAAUCAGGGAACCAGGUGAAAGAAGGUGUCAAUGUAGUUGAAAUCUCGAAGCGGAAAUCGAGAUCAUCACAACAACGAUCUGGCAAGGGAAGAAAAACAGAGAAUGUGAAGAAAGAACCUUCGGAAGAAUGCAAUACAUAUCAAAAGCGUUUAAGACAGGGUGUUAGGGACUUGAACCAACAGAGGAAUUUGAAUUACUCUGCAACUCACGUCUUUAGCCUUUAAGAGACACAUUGGUGCUCGAAAGAAAGAAGUUAAAGGAGGAGGAAGAAGAAGAAGAAUUACAGAAGUCCUGGAAUUAAUGGUUAGAUUGUGGGAAUGUCUUCUGUUUUAUGGAUUGAUUUUUGUCUUUGUAAAAUUGAGAUACUCUGAUUUUGCUGAUUUUUUGUUUCGGGUGUUUACAUUACAUCUGCUUGUUUGAAUUUGGUCUCGUGAUCUCUAA